AUGCUUCUAGCUGAGGACGACUUUGAUGAUAUCCUCAAUCGCAUUAACAUGACAAUCACAUACGAGUUUGAGAGUGGCGUCCCUAGAGCCCAGAAGACCGCGUUCAAGCCCAAAUCCCAGAUCCACCGACUGAGCUUGAGAUCCGCGCCUACGGCCAUCAGUGGCUUACUGAACUGCUUUAUCUCUGCCCCAUUGAUUAUGUUCAUAGAUGCCUUCGGGCUCUAUCACAAUAUGUACAGGAGCCUGACAGGAGUCUACUUUUCUCUCGCUAGCCAGACUCUCCGAGCACGCAUGCACCGUGCAAAUGUCUUUGUUCUCACGCUAGGGCCACAUGGAGCAAGCACUGAUGAGGUGCUCUCAUUCAUCGUUGACUUGUCGAAGCUGGAUAGAGGAAUGGUCCUCACUAUUAAUGGUGAGGAGAAGGCUGUGUUGGCUUUCCCGAUCUUCUUCGCUGGAGAUAUGCCUCAGCAAAACCACAACUCCGGAGUCAAGAACCAGAAUGCUGGCAAGGGAUGUCGAAACUGCUUGGCAAAUACAGAAGAGCGUGGGGAUCUCAACUUCGACACCAUCAAGCUAGGCUGCUAUCAUUGGCACCAGAUGCAACUCUGGCAGUAUGGAAACACGCUCCCACCUGUCCAGAGAAGAACUUGGCUCCAGAAAUGGGGAUUAACGAGCGAUGAUCCAGUGCUGUUUAAGUUGUCGCCCGCUCUCAACAUUAUUACGACAAGACCAGCUGACGUUGCACACUCAGAAUAUAAUGGGCAGGGGAAGCAGGCGCAGGAGCUUCUUAUGAAAGCAAUCCUCUCUGCGUCUGGCCUACAAAGAUAUGCAAAAGAGUUCGCCCGGUUUCCCUCUCCAGCAAGAUGGGAUCGCAGACAGUCCCCAAUCCAUCACAGCAAAUCCUGGUCACUCUCUGAGGCUGGGAUGGUGGCGAUGCAAGUACCAUUGAUCCUUCGCUGCAAGCCUCUCCGGGAAGAUGAUGUUGAGGAUAACUUCCUUGAUGCAGUCCAUGAGGAAUUCAGAUAUGAUUGCCAGGAGCUCAAGCUUAAACUGGAGGAUAUUAUUGUCUGCGCAUUUGCCGCAAUGGCGGUGUCAAAUGCUGCCACCUGCUCACCGAUAACUCAAACUGACAGAAUCCAGGACAUAGACGAUGCAGUCUAUGAAGGAAGGAGGUCCUUUAUCCGACUUUGUUCUUGCGCACACUUAGCAGCACGGGUGAAGGACUGCCGAGGCAAAGGCAGUGGGGGGCGCCGCAACGAGGGGCAGUCAUCCCUAGCGCCAUCUACCGCUUCAUCUGAAUUUGACGCUGUUGUAGAGGAGCUCGCAAGCUCUCUCAGUACUAUUGGACAGGAGUUUGAGAAUAGGGAGAGGUUCAGAGAUCUGAAGCCCACUUCUAAGAGAGCAGAAGAGUUUGUCAAAUGGCAGCAUCGCCCAAAUGUCCAUCAAGGAGCACACUUGAGCGACAUUACCAGAAGGUUUGGGAAUAGUUACACUUGCAAUGUCCUCCAUUAUGAGGACAAGCACCGCUUGUUUAAGAAAUGGGCUGAGUAUCUCAAUGGGCGAGGGGUUGAAAAAGCGCUGGUUCACCGAGAGAAUGUCAAUGUCACACUACGCCUUAUAUUGCAAGGGGCGUUUGACCAAAGCCAUCCAGUAAUUUCUGCUCAGGUAAAAGCACUUUACCACCAAUGCCCGAUGCUCGCAGAGCAUAUAUUGCCGUCCAGCCAGUGGGCAGAUACAACUGAGGAUGAUGCCCUAGAUAUUAAGCCAGAUGCUACACAUAUCCAUCCAAGGGCAACUCACUGUGUUGCCCGGGCAUUUGUGAAGAAUGAGCUAGACCUCCCUCUCCAGAUGCGAGAUGUUCCUGAGGGCCACCUCUUUUCACAGCCAGUGUUGCUAGUAGUUCAAACAGUUCAGUUCAGUUCAAAUUUGAGGCUGAACUGA